AUUCUAUUAGUCUCCCUUGUUACUCCUUUAAGGUUGGAUCGGGCACAAGCCUGCGGAGCUGGUCGAUCGAUCGAAAUCGAUCGCACCUGAAGAGCAGGACAAAACUAAACGGUGCAACAAUUUCUUCAUCUUCUUUUCUUUUUCAUAUUUUAUUUAUUUCUUCGCGUUCAUCUUUGAGUACAUUGUUCGUAAGAAGCAAAGCUCGACCGAAUAAGAAACGAAUGUUAUACGUAUACUGAGAAGUUUUUCGAAAACGGAACGUAAAAAAUUAUAACCGAGGUAGACUGACGACUGGUGUUUUCACUCGAAGAAGAGAAGAGAUUUAACAGAAGAUUGGAAUUGCAAUCGUAUGACGAUUCAUAGUGAUCUAUCAAUCGAGGAAAUAUGGGUACAUUGAUACGACGUAUCUAUCACGGCUACCGCUACAUCAACGAGGAGUUAGCAGAUCCUAGAACACAGGAUUACUUUCUCAUCGGAUCACCAUGGGCCUGCAUAGGUAUAGUAGGAUUUUACCUAUACUUCGUGCACGAUUUGGGCCCUAAUUUGAUGGCGAAGAGGAAACCCUUCAAUUUAGACAGAAUCGUGCAGAUAUACAAUGCAAUACAGAUAGUAUCAUGUACAUACGUAUUCUAUAAGGCGUUGAAAUUGGCCUGGUUGUUCCAUUAUAAAUUCGCCUGUGAACCGGUUGAUUAUUCUUACAGUCCAAGGGCACUUGAGAUAAGCAGGACUGUGUGGUUGUACUUUAUGGUGAAGCUGUUUGACCUGUUGGAUACCGUUUUCUUCGUUCUUCGAAAGAAACAGAAUCAAGUGUCGUUUCUUCACGUCUAUCAUCACGCGGGGAUGGCUAUAGGUACCUGGGCAGCAACUAAAUUUUUGGCUGGAGGUCACAUUACCUUCUUGGGUACGAUCAAUAGCUUUGUUCACAUAGUGAUGUACACGCACUACUUGGUGACCUCGUUACGAUUAAGCAAACCAUGGUGGAAGAAAUAUAUAACACAAAUACAACUCACCCAAUUCUGCUUGAUCCUGCUGCAUUUUGUGUUGCUAGCCUGGUCCGAGGAUUGCGGUUUCCCAAAAUGGACAGCUGCGGUGAUGAUCCCCCAGAACGUCUUCAUGAUCGUGUUGUUCGCAGACUUCUACUACAAGGCGUACAUAAGAAAGCCAAAAGUCGCUACGAACGGUGUCACGUCAGAAAUAUCAAACGGAAAAUUGAAGAACCAGUAAAAAUGUUAAAUUGGCGUUACACGUCUUCGAUCCUGGCUCGUUCCGAUUUCAUUCCGUUUCCGUUUCCGUUUCCGUUUCCAUUUCCGUUUCCGUUUCCACGAAUUUCUUUUCGUAAGAAGAAACGGCUCAACUUCAUCGAUAGAAUCGACACAAGGGUGUUUCAUCGCUACUUCUCUAAUUGGCACGAGCAUGGCUCUAUGUCUUGCCACUUAGAGACGCAGUUGCCUUUUUAAAAUAAUUUCACGAUGUUAUCUGUCCCUGAUCAUGACGAUAUGUCAACUAAUAAUCUUACCACUUACUUUGUAUUUAUAUUCAUUCAUUAUUGUAGAUCGCGAUGCAAAUAGAGAUAGCUACACACGCUAAUACCUUCUCUGUUUCAAAGAUAAUGUUUGUACUGAAAACAAGUUCCUUUUCGUCCGGAAGCGAAUUCAAUAAAUGUUUUGAUGAUGAUCAUUAGUCACUUGUACAUUUGGGAUCAAUAAAUUUUAUUUUAACACCUAA